AUGGCUGCAACUUCGACGUUCCUAUCAAGACACAUUGUUUCUUUUGGCUUUACUAUAGGAUUUGCAGCUGGAUUUCCACUCACUUGGUUUCUUCCUGAAAAAUUCUAUCAAAAAAUCCUUCCUUAUUUCACUGUCAGAUUUAUACCAUUUUCGAUAAAAUUUUCAAAAUAAAUUCUGAAUCCACCAUUUAUUGAUCCUCAGUAUAUUGAAGCCAAAAUAACUUAUGAACCUCCUAACUCCUUGGCCUUAUGAAAGUUAAAUAUAAAUUUUAUAAAUUAAAAUAAUCAAAAAAUUAGUAAAUUAAAAAAAAUAUUUUUUUUAAAAUUCCUCUCUAUUGCUCACAUUGGGAUAGGGAGUAAGGAAAAAAGCCAAAGCGCCUGAUGAUGUUUUAGAUACAAACUUAGACGAAAUUUUAGAUAGACUGGAAUACGUAGACGAGCAUGAUGAAGAAUGGGACAAUUAUGUCGAGCUUCAAGAAAAAGUCGUCCAAAUGAUAUCAGAUAAAGAUGAGAAAUGGAUUCUAUUAAAGCAGAAAAAGUCUAGUGGCCACGAAGGGUCAACGAAGUAUGACGAUUAUGAAGCUUUUAAGAGGAUUCAGCAAAAAAUGAAGGAAGAUGAAGUCAAGCGGAGGAGAGAAAGAGCCUCAAAAAGAAACACAGAUGAAAAGCCUAUAGAAAAUAAAAAAUAA